AUGGAGGUGUUUAAUAAAUUGUAUUCAUCGGUAACUAGUACAGUAUCGCAACUCUCGGGUGUGUUACCCGGAAACCCAGUGACUAGAGAAUUUGAAGCAACACAAUUUAUUGCGAGCGCAGGACCAGGAUUAUUCUGGAAAGUUUAUAAAGGCUAUAAAAAAUCCACCAAGCAAGAAGCAUCAAUAUUCGUUUUUGAAAAGAAGCUACUGGAACGCUGGUCGAAAGCAGACAGAGAUUUAAUGAUAGACAUUUUAAAACGAGGUAUUAUACAAUUAACUAAGCUGCGUCAUCCCCAAAUACUCACCGUCCAACAUAGUUUAGAGGAAAGCAGAGAAAGCUUAGCAUUUGCUACUGAACCUGUGUUUGCAAGUUUGGCAAAUAUUUUGGGCAAUAAGGAUAAUAUGCCACAGCCAAUUCCAACACAUUUAGAGAACUAUAAACUUUACGAAGUAGAGAUAAAAUAUGGGUUGAUGCAAAUAGCUGAGGGGCUGGCAUUCCUCCAUAAUGAUGUUAAAUUGUUGCACCAUAAUAUUACACCUGAAUCUAUAGUAGUAAACCAACAAGGGGCAUGGAAAAUAUUUGGUUUUGAUUUCUGUAUCGCUAACCAGAGCCCACCAGGACAAGCACCUUUUUGGCCUUUUAAUGAGUACUGUCAAGCAAUGCCUGCUUUAACCCAACCCUCUCUUGACUAUUUAGCCCCUGAAUACAUACUCUCCGCAUCUCACUCAACAGCCAGUGACAUAUAUUCUCUUGGCAUGCUUGUAUACAUUAUACACAUCACUGGACACCAACCGCUGGGAAAUUUAGGAAAUGAUUAUGCAAAAUUUAAGAGGUUUGCAAAUGAAAUUAGAAAUGUACCUUCAUCUAGGCUUUUGUGUGUAUCCGAUGGACUGAAAGAAUAUGUGAAACUCAUGUUGAAUGUAACACCAGAAUUAAGACCAGAUGCACAUCAGUUUUUAAAGAUUCCAUAUUUUGAAGAUGUCGGUGUCAAAGCAUUGAAUUAUCUGGAUUCUUUGUUUCAAUGGGAUAAUCUACAGAAGUCGCAGUUUUACAAAGGCUUACCUCAAAUUAUCCAGAAAAUGCCACACAGGAUAUGCAUAUAUCGAAUAUUGCCUUGUCUCGCAAAAGAAUUCGUCAACCCCACUAUGGUUCCAUUUGUGCUUCCGAAUGUUUUGUUAAUCGCUGAAAAUUCCACCAAGGAUGAAUUUAUAAGAUUUAUAUUACCAGUAUUGAAACCGGUGAUGUUAAUACAGGAACCAAUUCAAAUACUACUAAUUUUUAUGCAAAAGAUGGAAUUGUUGUUAAAGUUAACUCCAGGUGAAGAGGUGAAAACAGACAUUCUUCCAAUGCUCUAUAGGGCAUUGGAAUCUGAUGCGCAACAAAUUCAAGAGUUAUGUUUGUCUGUUUUGCCCACUUUUGCAUCUUUAAUAGACUACCCGGCAAUGAAAAAUGCAUUGUUGCCUAGAAUUAAAAAGUUAUGCUUACAAACAAAUUAUUUAUCAGUGAGAGUUAACUGUCUGCUGUGCUUAGGAAAAUUGCUAGAACAUCUGGACAAGUGGUUGGUGUUGGAUGAAAUUCUACCAUUUCUCUCACAAAUACCUUCACGGGAACCUGCAGUAUUGAUGGGAAUAUUAGGUAUUUACAAGUUAACAUUAAGUCACAAAAAGCUAGGUAUUACAAAAGAAGUUAUGGCUACAAAAGUGUUGCCAUUUCUGAUACCACUUUGUGUUGAAAAUGGUCUUACAUUGAAUCAGUUCAAUGCACUUAUAUCUUUGGUGAAGCAGAUGAUUGCUAAAGUGGAGACCGAGCAUAGAGCGAAAUUGGAACAGCUUAAUUCUAUACAAAAUGAAUCAAAAAUAAUGGAGCACGCGCUAACAUCGUCAUCAGACACAUUAGUACCGGCUCCAACACCUCAGACCGACAUUGACAAAAUGUUCUCUGGACUUGGUAUCGAUACUUCCUCAUAUAACUCCAAGACAACUGUAAAGCAAUCAUUUUCUUCUAUCAGUGAGAAAUCGCCUCUUUCAUUGACUAUGGAAGACAAACAACGGCUAGCUCAGCAGCAAGACUCCGUCAGAAAAGCGCAAUCUACAACUCUUUCUACUCCGCAGGUAGUUCCUCUUCGGCAACCGCCCAAGGCCAUCGAUUUAACUAGCUCAUUGCUUCAAUCUAAUCUCAACCAGCUAUCCAACACGCAAUCAAACAUGGGUAAAACGAUGAAUAACUCCGGUUCAAUGAAUAACGCACUAGGACAUUCUUUUCAACUUAAUAAUACUCCCGGAAAUUCUACUAUGAGUAGCCCGAGUACGUUAGGUGGCUCUAUAAUAGGUAGCAGUAAGACGGGGGUUAUGAACAAUUCCCUGGGGAGUAUGAUCUCCCCCUUCUCCGCACCCGUGAGUAAUGCGGUCGCCCCCAUGGGCAGCGCAAGUGCGCUAACGGGUCUGUGUUUGGACAAUAAUUCGAGAGGUUCCGCGUAUCCAAAUCAAAUUCCUUCGACUGCGUCAUGGAGCAGUAGUCCGAGCGGCAACUUUAACAAUAAGUGGACCGCUAGCCAAACGAGUAGCAAACAAGAUUGGUCUGCCUUUGAAUCUCUUUUGCCGAAUUCGAAUGAAGCUAGUAAUAGUAAUGUAAAAAAGCCCAACAACAACGAAAUGAUGGAUUUACUCGGUUAA